AUGAGGGCUGAUUUGAGAGCUGCAUUUGAGCUUAAUGCAAGCCAUGGUAAAUGCAAGAGAGCAAAAACACUUAUUCUGAAUAAGCUACAGGGAAGCUUUAAAGAUGAGUACAACAAGCUAGAGGGUUAUGUUAAUGAAUUGAAGAUUAGUAACCCUGAAAGUGAUAUAAUAAUUAAUUUGUCAAAAGAUGCUCUUCUUGAAGGCAAGAGGAGGUUCUUAAGAAUGUAUACUUGCUUUCAUGCUAUGAAAAUGGGUUUUAAGGAAGGUAUGAGACCUUUCAUUGGACUGGAUGGAACAUUUCUGAAGGGAAAAGCUAAGGGUCAGCUUUUAGUUGUUGUUGGUCUUGACUCAAUGAAUCAUUUCUACACUAUAGCUUGGGCUAUAGUGGACAAAGAAACAAAGAGAACUUGGGACUGGUUUUUGGAAAUGCUAAAGAUGUCACUGGAGCUCAACAUGGGAGAAGGAUACACUUUUAUUUCGGAUAUGCAAAAGGGGUUGGUUGAGGCAAUGAAAACUGUUUUACCUGAUGCUAAUCAUAGGUAUUGUGUCAGACACAUUGAGGCUAAUUGGUGUAAAAGAUGGAGAUCUGGAGAAAUGAAAAAGCUGCUGUGGUGGAGUGCAUGGUGCACAUAUGAGGAGGAUUUUGAUGAUCAAUUGAAGAAGAUAGGGCAUAUGGAUGAAAAUGCAGUGAAGGAUUUGCUUCAUUACCCUCCCCAGUCAUGGUGUAGAGCAUUUUUUGACACUGUAUGCAAGAAUAUGGCUGUCGACAACAACUUUAAAGAAUCAUUCAAUGCAUGGAUCCUGGAUGUAAGGUACAAACCUAUAAUUAAGAUGUUAGAGGACAUUAGGGUGAAAGUGAUGGAAAUGUUGAGAGAACAUGAGGACAAAGUGAAGUCAUGGACUACUGACUUUAGUCCUUAUUCCAUGAAGCUUUAUGAAGGUUAUUUGAGGAUUGCACAUAAAUGCAAGGUUCACUUUAAUGGUGACCGGGGCUAUGAAAUAUCCGAAGGGCCUGAUAGACAUACAGUAAACAUAGUCUUGAAGGAGUGCAGCUGUAGGGCUUGGCAACUAUAUGGAAUACCAUGUCCUCAUGCCAUUAGGGCAUUUGUAUACAAAGGUCUUGACCCUUUGGAGGGAAUACAUUGGUGGUAUAGCAAAGAGGCAACAUUAAAGACAUAUUCACACAAGAUACUGCCUGUUAGGGGAGAAAAAUUCUAG